UAGUGAUCGUGUACCCGAUGAGGUCCCGCUCGCUCUGCACCAUGAGCAACUGCAAGAAGGCGGUGGUGGUGGUGUGGAGCGUGUCGCUGGUGCUCACGGCUCCCGUACUCAUCACCAAGGACAUUCAGCCGGAGAGAUUCGGCAACAACGUGACGCAGCUGACCAUCCACUACUGCCGCGACAAGGAGUCCAUGGGGCUCGGGUUCGCCGUGUACCAGUUUCUGGUCCUGUUCGCCGUGCCGGCGCUGCUCAUGAUCUUCUUCUACUCGCGAGUCAUCUCCGAGCUCUGGAAGUCGACGCGCACCAUGAAGCAAAUGACCGGCGCCAGAUCAUCACUUCUCAGCAAGUCCAACGGAAGAAAGGCGGCGGCGAGCUCCCCAGUACUCACCCCGAACAGUCACCGCGCUUUUAAGAAGACCCCACCGCCGCAGAACAAAGGAGAAGACGUGAUGAAGGCGCGAAAACAGGUGAUCAAGAUGUUGAUUCUGGUUAUAGCACUCUUCCUCGUCUGCUGGGGACCGCGGCUCAUCAUGGAAAUCGUCCUCAAGGUGGGCCUAGCCGUGUUCUCGCCGGUCAUCUACACGGUCCGCAUCACGUUCUUCCUCAUGCCGUUCAUCCACGCCUGUAUCAACCCAUUCGUCUACUGCUUCAUGUCGAGAAACUUCCAGCGUUCGAUGCGUCGGCAGCUGGCCCGGCUGGGUGUGGUCUGCCCGCCGCGCACCACGAGAGACCACGAGCAGCCCCUGCGCAGCAGCUGCCCCACGGGCACCGAGUCCACACGGCACACAUACUGCACCACCACUGAGUCUGUGCUCUAGGGACCGUCCCACGGACACCGGGUCUUUUCGAAGUGCGUCCUGCGCCAUCCUCGAGUCUGUGCUCUGAGGACUGUCCCACGGACGUUGAUGACGCUUCGGCACAUGUACUCCGCAGGGUGCGCGCUGUGGGCCCGACGUACACAGUCUUCACAGCAUACGAACUGCACCACCACCACCGAGUUUGUGCUCCGUGGAUUUUCCCUGGGGGUUGAGAAUACGAGCACUGGGA